CUUCCUCCCAGCUUGACUGAAGAAGAAGAAAGAAGCGGAACGGAGCCAAAAACAACAAACAAAGAAAAGAAAAAUGGCGUCGUCAAGGGGAAGUGGGAGUGGAGUGGGAGCGGAGAUGGAGAAGAUGAGCGUAGAGCAGCUCAAGGCCAUCAAGGAGCAGAGUGAUCUCGAAGUCAAUCUCCUCCAGGACAGCCUCAACAACAUCCGCACCGCCACCUCCCGCCUCGAGAUCGCCUCCUCCGCCCUCCACGACCUCUCCCUCCGCCCCCAGGGCCAGAAGAUGCUCGUCCCCCUCACCGCCUCUCUCUACGUCCCUGGGACUCUCGAUGACGCUGAUAGAGUCCUCGUCGAUGUUGGCACCGGCUAUUUCAUCGAGAAAACGAUGGCCGAAGGCAAGGAUUACUGCGAACGGAAAAUCAAUUUGCUCAAGUCCAAUUUCGAGCAGCUCAUUGAGGUGGCUUCUAAAAAGAAAAGCAUAGCAGAUGAGGCUGGAGCGGUCUUACAGGCAAAGUUGAAGCAGUUAUCUCCUGCGUCAUGAUGAAGUAUGUGUUCUAUUAAAUGGACCGUGGUCCAAUCUACCUCAAAAGACUUGUGUUGGCAGAACCUGCUCAGUCAGACGGUCUCAAAACGAUGCUCUUUCAGCUCUGUAAUGUGUCAAUUCCUUGGAGUCCAUCACAGCAGUACCUCGGGCAGGUAUUCCCACUCUUCAAACAGAGAGAGAGGGGUAUCUAAUCUAGCACUGCAGGGCUUGAUCAUGUGUCUGCGAGUCGAGUACUUCCUGGGUUUGUGCCAUUCUGUUCCUAUGAGUGUCAUUGAACACUGUCUUUGUUAUGUAAGUUGUGUUCCUUCUCUCUCACGUUUUAAGGAAGAUUAUUAGCUUCUCUCUCUCUUUUUUCCCGGCAUAUCAGCCCCCUGUUUAAAGCAUGGGUUAAUUUAAUGAGGAGCUGGGAGAUAAUGAUAUAUAGAGAUUUCCCAUAA